UUUAGACAAAUUCAAUGCCAACUCCCAUGCAUAAUCAACCAUGUCUGACAUUUUGUGAAUCGAAUACAAAAUGAUUUGGGGUUGAUUUGGUUAUUCACUCAACUGAAACCAUGAAUGGAAAUCUACCUUAAUCCUUAUUAUUAUUCAAAACACACUUGCUAUAAAAGCCCUGUAGUAACCAUACUAGGUUCAGUUUGCUGUUGGACACGAUGGAGCAACAUUAUAUGUCUGGGUGCAACUAAUGGGGUAGACUUUGCACUGUCCGCAUGACAAGCACAAACAGCACAGCAAACAGAUAUGAACAAGCAUUCGACAGCAAAAGACUUCAAAACUGGCAGCUUCCACACACCUAUAAAGAGCGGCCAUCUCGUUUUGACGGCUUCACUCAAGUCAUCGCAAAUGACAGAGGACAUCUUCUAGGUGGGGUGCCCCACUCUUCAGAAAACCCAUGGGGGAAGUUUGUUGGAACAUGGGAUAUUCCAUUGAAGAUUCCGGGCAAUGUCACAACAUUUAUGGCUCGAUCCGACCCUGCUGCUGUGGGUAUUGUGAAAGGAAGGAAAGAUCAUGAAGAUUACAUGAGGAAAGCUGCUGGAUCACCAGUCAAGGAACUCGCAAAGGCACCAAGUCCAAGAAGGAAGAGUCCAGAGAAAACCUUAGCCAGUCCCCGCCAAACUCCACCAAGUAAAUCACCGCAGGACAGACCGUGUAAUCCGUCACCAACACAAGGUUCCCCGAGACCAGCUUCAAAAUCACCCCAACUAGCAUAAGAAACGAUAUCAAAAAGUCUUUAUGUAAAUCUUAUUAUGCAUAUUCAUGGGCUUAAUCCCUUGUUUUGAUUGGACUACUAGGAGCAAGUUCGAGUGUGCCCCAUGGUUAAUAACUAAAGGUUGACUAUUUUGACUGGAACCCAGGCUGGCUGCCUGUUAGUUGACUACUGUGGUCAACCAUUUGGAACCAGCCUCAGGACCAUGGUUUCUUCUGUGGUUCCUAUAGCCUGUUCCAUGCUAACAUAUGAAAGGCGCAGAAGGGAACCAGUGACACUAUAGCAAAAAGGCGGAAGGCAAUGGAGUGUUGAAUACCGUGGUACCGAUGGUUGAAGCUACAAUCCCGGCCAUAAUCUAGUUGGGCCCCCCAUCCCCUUUUUUGUUGGUUCUCGUUGUUGCACGAUCUUCUGCGUUCCAGUCAACAUUGAGCGGGGGAACGGGGAGAGAAUGUUUAUUGUCAGGGGAAGUGCACAGGGGGUGGCCCAAGCAUUUUGGUCUUGAUUGAAGGCUUCCAAGUGAGCGUAUCACUGUGCAUUGUAAAUGUACGUUGCUGGUCAAAGGUCAAUCAUGGGUCAGCUAAAAGUUUGCACUCGAACUUGCUCAAGGUUGGCCCAUGGAUUAAUUCUCCAAUUUAGUUCUGUAAAUCAAGAUAAUUUUUUUGUAUUUUCAUAAGUGGAAUGAGUUGAUGAAAUAUAAUUACUUGCCUUUCAUGUCUGUAAUUGUAUUAGCUUAAUGACUUUAAACCAAAUAUACGAUCACGUAUGGGAAAUAUGUAAGGUUCAAAAUUAUGUAGUGUUCACUGUGGAGAGGACAAGUUUAUCACAGAAAAUCAUUUAACCUAGAAAAAUUUGUGCAGUUCUUAUGCAGCGCUUUAUUUCAACCCAGGGUGUCUCAAGAAAAAUGUUUGAAAUGUAAGACCCAAUUAUUUACAUACUGCCAGUCAAACGAGAAAAGACAGAACCAACCCCUUAUUUAUCGCUAGGUGUGCUGGUGUAAUCGUUGAAGAAUUGAGACAAGACAUCAGGAACAAAAUCAUGAAAUGUGAAGGGGGAAAAAAUAAGCAUAUUCAAUGUUUUUGAAAUUAUCGUCUAGCUAUUUAGCACAAUGUGCCAAGAGAAGAGUUUUUGUGACUUGAAAAUUCCUUAUUUUUAUUUUAUUUUCUCAAUAGUGUUAAUGUCUCAGCUUUAAAAAGUAGUUAUGUACUGUAUUGUCUGUUAGGCGCAGGAACAGUUUAUGAAACCGUUUGCUUUUUAAAAGUUUUGAAACAUCUUGUAAAUAUAAAGUUUUAAAAACAAAGUUUGAUCAUCAGUUAACAACAA